AAUUGACUAGGCUGCUGGGACUACUGGUUGCGCCAAGGCGGGGAGAAGCAGCAAGGAAGCAGCAAGCAUCGUUGCUGUUACAUUUUAGUAACUGAUAAGGACUGGGAAGGUGACCCUUGCGCCAUGGCAUGGGCCAUCCCGCAGUCCCCUCCGCCGAUUCUUGCUGUGAGCUUGACGGAGUCCUCGCCAACCCAAGUCUAGUCCAGCCGAGGCUUUCCUCGGUGUGCUGGUCAGGUUCCUCCGUUCAAGGAUAGCAGCAACCUCGUGUACAUCAUUAUUCAUCCGUUGAGGGGAAGUGGGCCGUUAAUCGCGAUGGGAACCUUUAGCUGGUGUGACAUUGAGUUGGCAACAGAAUGCCAUGACGACUGCCAGGAGAGGAGGCAUUAUUAAUAAUCGUGUUGCCCAGGCGAGCAGACUCUCUGGAAGAAGGAUGAGGGAAGAAGGAUGAUUACAUGUACAUGUACGGAGUACAUACAUCUUUAGAGCCAUGAUUGUCAAUCCUUGAGUGGCCUCCGGUCCUUACUAUGUCAUUUUGAGAUUAAAAACAGAUAGGGAGAGGCCGCAAACAACCCUCCCGGAGCUCCUGGUCAGGAUUAAUAAUGGAUGCCUAUGAAGUGGAAGGGAAGGCUGGGCUGGACAAGAACGGUAUCACCACGUGAUCUUAUCUGACUGAUUGUUUGGCAGAAAACAAAACAAACCAACCUUCCGCAAGCGCGAUGGAUUUUAAAUAUUGGAUGUAAUUGCGAUAAAUAGUUAACCACCCCAUACCAUCGCUGAACGACUAUCGGCCUCUCAAUACACCCAGUUCUUGAGUUCCAAUGGCUAUAUAGCUAAGGGCUGCGUCAAAUGGCUCGUCGCGUAGCCGUCCGCUCCCCAACUGCUGCAAGUCUCCCAGACUCUCUCCGCAUUCCCCCCACAACCUUUUCACUCGUAAAAGCCUUCGGAAAGCUAUCCCGAUCCUCCCUUCUUGACCUGGUACUCCAAUGGCUCGAUGACAAGCAUGUCAAGGUCUUUCCGCCGUACCUUGGCCCCGGUAGCGUGGCCAAUUUCGAAGAGGAGGAUGAGGAGGGUUUAAAUGCCUACCCACCUGCCGCAUCUGUGGAGGAGUUGAGGGCCAUAUAUGAGGAACUACGGGACCGAAAGGGCGGCAAGAGGGAGGUGAUUGACCGUAUCCUCGAGGGAGACUGGAGACAUGGGAUAUCGCUACGCCAGCUUGCAAUGGUGGACAUGCGUUAUAUCGAGGAUCAUCCAGUCGGACAACGAUGGACGGCUCUGCAAUUGGUACCCAUAGAGGCUGAUUCCGCCCAGCCCCAGUCAGGAGGAGAUAUCUCCACCACCUUCCCCCGAUUCCACUCUUCAACUUUCCUUCAAUCCAUACAGCACGAGAUAUCUGCGCUAGUGAAGGCUCAUUACCAUACAUACCGCUCAAAAACGCUUCCGUUGACCUUCGUUCGCAUUUUCGUUGUCGACUCUCCAUACCAGCAGCCGCGGCAAUCCCCAUACAUCUUCACCGACUCAUCGAGAAUAAUAUACCUUGCCUUCCCCGAUAGUACUCCAUAUAUAUAUUCCUCCCAGCUUUCUUCUCCAUCACCUUCAGGCGCAAAAGCCACUGCUGCAGCUUCAAGCAAUGCGCUUACAACAGACGCGCGUACCUUGCGCAGACUGGUCAACCAUGCAAUACCAAAAGCACUCUCCCGACCCCAAGAACGAUAUACCCUAAAACCCACCUCCCUAACCGCUAAGAGCCUCCAAACUCUCCUUGCCUUGCGCGGACCCGGCAGAACAAAUUCCGCCAAUGGCGCAUUCACGGUGUUUGCCGACGCGGUGGUUGAGGGCUGUCCCCUUGAUCCACGCCUACCGCAAUCUGUUGCGCCAGAAAACUACAACACUCAUACUGAACAUAAAUUUGGAUACACUGAAGGCGGGAAGGAGAAUGAACCACUGCCACAGCAGCACGGCAAAUCGGCUGCCAGCACCCUUCCUACUACCAUGGGAAAGACAAAGAUGCCAUUCCAGCAAUCAGGAGGAGUAAUAACGAACGUGGAAACCCUGCAGCUAGCCAAGAAAAGAAAAUUGGCAGUGGGUUCUCGGUUUGGAACUGCUGGUGGCCAAAGGAUUCCCCCGGGAGUCUCCACCUCUUCCGCGAGUUUAUUCACCAAACAGCCAAAGUAUGAUAACGCGCCGCCACCACCACCACCACAUCAUCAGUCCGUCCCCGCCCUCGACCGCCUAGAAAUCCAUCUCCAAGACCCUCCUAUCCCUCGCCAUAGGGGCGACGGAGGUGAGGAUGACCACGGCGAUAACGACGACGACGACGAUAACGUUGCCGUUGACAAUGAAGAUGAUAACUACCAAACCAGACCAUCAACACUCACUCUAACCUUCUCCGGCUCAAAUGUCAUUGCGGGCCUCCGAGAGUUGGCGGAGCUGGGCGUGAUUGAUCCCGCGCGAAUGCCGAGCUGGAUGACGGGUGAGGAAGGGGUGAGUGUGGCUAUUGUGAAAGGGGGGAGGCGGCGGAGAGGGUUUGGGGUGUGAGAGGGCGAGGAAGUCCUGGAGAGGAGAAGGAAGGGGGUUUGUGUGGUGGUUAUGCUUGUGUAAUUACAACUGGCGUUGUUUUUCUUUUCUAUGUUUCAACUUUUUCUAUUGUUUUUAAGUUUGUUAGGGAGGUUUGUUUUAUGUUUGAAGAGGCUGGCUGGUUAUUUCGAGGAUAAGGGAGGGAACUACUUCUCGUAUUCUGUUCGUUCUCAUUACUGUUUUGUUUCUCGGUGUUUGGGGCGUGUGGGGUGGGUUUCUCGUGUUCUGGCGAUUUGAGGGCUGGUUUAUAUAUUUAUCGUCGACCCUUGGAGACGAGAAUCUACGUGGGAAGGAUUCAUCAGGGAGAUUGAAACCGAUGCCUUUCGUUCGCCCACCCUGAUUGACUUUCGGAUUUGAGUGUGUUCUGCUCCUUACUCCAAGCUCUGUAUCUGUAUAUGGGUACGGACUUCUAAAUGGUAGAUAAUUUCAAGGCGAGGCCUGUGGAAUCUCGUGAUCGUAUUUGAAAUGCUGGUUUCAUUCAAUGAACAGUACAUAUCUCAGCGAGCGUUCAUCUGUCUGGCUGCCCGUAUAUCUGUUAUAUUUCGGAGCAUUCCCCUGCGCACUCUGGGGAGUUCGCGUUCCCACUACCUUACAUUUCCUUAUGCUAAAGGGGGCAAAUAUUUAGGGCAAAAUUAAUUCGUAGGGUAUUAUCGUUCAAUGGGUCGAUGGGUUAGCAGAAUCCAAAGAAGUUAUUAUUGAGGACUUUCAAGGUUGGAAACAACCGCUCGCGGCUCCCAUCUGAACUGAAAAUGGACAUGGAACGCUUCCCGGGUCUGCUGGUGAGCUUUGGUUGGUGACUCCCUUGACACUUUCAUUCCUCUACCCUGUUCUCGAGAAAUCCUUUCGUUUUGAACCAAGCCUGCCAUCAAUGUAAGGGGGAUGUAAGAUAUCCUGUACAAUAGGAAAUAUCAUGUAUAGUACCUGUACAUCGCCGGACAUAUGUCUUAUUUGGCACAGGCAUUGAAUGUUGAUGCGCGUAAACGCUAGUCAAAGGUAGAGUAAAUCGAAAAGAGUUCAAAGAUAUACCC